CAAACGGGCUAGAAAGUCUAGCCGCACCGAAUAAAGGUUUUCCAAAAAGUAGAGUCGCUUUGAGCACUCAUUUCUUAGAUUCUCCCCUCUCUCUUAUCACUUCGAGAAUAGAGAAGCCCUCUGAAUUCCCGAAGGCCAAUCCCGAUUCCGGCUUUUCUUGCAGGUAUUUCACCAAUCAGGAAUCAUGAUUAAAUUGUUUAAAGUAAAGGAAAAACAGAGGGAACUUGCUGAAAAUGCCAAUGGGAAGCCUCCAGUCAAGAAGCAAAGUGCCGGAGAACUACGCCUUCACAAAGAUAUAAGUGAAUUAAAUCUACCAAAGACUUGUACCAUUUCAUUCCCUAAUGGAAAAGAUGAUCUUAUGAACUUUGAAGUUACCAUUCGGCCUGAUGAAGGAUAUUACCUAGGUGGCGCAUUUAUUUUCUCUUUCCAAAUUUCUACUAUGUAUCCUCAUGAAGCUCCCAAGGUCAAAUGCAAGACAAAGGUUUACCAUCCCAAUAUUGACUUGGAAGGAAAUGUUUGCCUGAACAUUCUUCGAGAAGACUGGAAACCUGUGCUAAACAUUAACACUAUCAUAUAUGGCUUAUAUCAUCUUUUCACGGAACCAAAUCAUGAGGACCCUCUCAAUCCUGAUGCAGCUGCAGUGUUGAGGGAUAACCCAAAGAUGUUUGAAUCCAAUGUGCGAAGGGCGAUGGCUGGUGGCUAUGUGGGACAGAGUUUCUUCAAUCGCUGCAUAUAGCGUUUGGAGACAGUGUCAGUCAGUUUCUCAACUCAGUCGACAUUGUAGAUGCUUUAAGUUGAGAGAUUUGUAAAUUUGGAUCCCCAUCUAUCUUUGGUCUUAUUUCGAUGCAGUUACGAAUCCCACCAGAAUUCAUGUAACUGAGGCGUGCACAAAGCUGUUUGUAUGCUAGUGUAACUGUGCUUUACUUUUUGUUAAUUUACUUUGUGAGAUUGAAACUCUGGUUUGAAGAGAUAUGUUGCAAAAGACCGAUGUCGAUACAUCAUUGCAUUUUCUA